GUUCUAUUUAAGAAAUCAUUCAAAGUCCGCCUGCUAGUAAAAGACUCCUAGUUCUAUAAAUCACAGAUUAGCUGUCCUUCUCUUCUUUACUCAAUAGAGGCGUCAAAUCGAUCAAAAUGGUGUUCUUUUUCUGGUUACUUUUGAUUUGUUUGCUCUUUUUAGGAGAUGGGGUUAUAGCGGCUUCUGAGAGUAGUUCUUCAGAGAGGAAGAUUAGUCAGACACCCACAUGGGCUGUUGCUAGUGUUUGUGCUGUCAUCAUCAUCGUUUCUAUUUUCUUGGAGAAAGGCCUUCACAAGCUUGGAGCGUGGCUUACAGAGAAGCGCAAGAGGGCUUUGUUCGAAGCCCUUGAGAAGGUCAAAUCUGAGCUGAUGGUUUUGGGAUUCAUCUCGCUGAUACUCACUUUUGGGCAGAAUCACUUUGCUAAAAUAUGCGUUUCAUCAAAGGUUGCAGACUCUAUGCUGCCAUGUCGGCUUGAUAGCGAUUCUGACAAAAGCUCUAGUAGUGAAGAGGAACAUAGAAGGAGACUCUUGUGGUUAGAACACAGACACUUAGCCUCUCUUGAUAGCAGUACUUUCAAAUGCAAGGAGGGGUAUGAGCAGCUUCUAUCGGUAACUGCCCUGCACCAAUUACACAUCCUCAUCUUCUUCUUGGCUGUCCUUCAUGUGGUAUACAGUGCUAUUACCAUGACGCUCGGGAGGCUAAAGAUUCGUAAAUGGAAGAAGUGGGAAUUGGAAACUCAAACCCCUGACUAUGAGUUCUCAAAUGAUCCUUCAAGAUUCAGACUUACACAUGAGACAUCUUUUGUAAGAGCACACACCAGUUUUUGGACAAGAAUUCCUUUGUACUUUUACAUUGGAUGCUUCUUUAGACAAUUUUUCAGGUCUGUCAGCAGGGCUGACUACUUGACUUUGCGAAAUGGAUUCAUCAAUGUCCAUUUAGCUCCUGCAAGUAAAUUUGACUUCCAAAAAUAUAUUAAAAGAUCAUUAGAAGAUGACUUCAAGGUAGUAGUGGGAGUAAGUCCUGUGUUGUGGGCUUCAUUUGUGGUUUUCUUGCUUUUAAACGUAAACGGAUGGCAAGCACUGUUCUGGGCAUCAUUAAUCCCCUUGAUUAUAAUCUUAGCAAUUGGAACAGAGCUUCAAUCCGUUUUGACAAAGAUGGCUAUUGAAAUGACCGAGAGACAUGCAGUGGUGCAGGGGAUACCACUUGUACAAGGCUCAGACCAAUACUUUUGGUUUGGUCGACCUCAGUUAGUGCUGCAUCUCAUUCAUUUCACUUUGUUCCAGAAUGCUUUCCAGAUCACAUAUUUCUUGUGGAUAUGGUACUCUUUCGGUUUGACGUCUUGCUUCCACUCUAAUUUGGAGCUCGCAAUCGUAAAAGUUUCUUUAGGGCUUGUGGUCUUAAUUCUGUGCAGUUACAUCACACUUCCACUGUAUGCUCUUGUAGCUCAGAUGGGUUCACAUAUGAAGAAAUCAAUCUUUGAUGAACAAACAUCCAAGGCCCUUAAGAACUGGCACAAGACUGUGAAAAAGAAGAAGGGAGGAAAGUCCCCUGCUCAAUUCCAGGGCGGAAGCGUAAGCUCAACCCCUUCAUCAUUGUUUACCUCCAGAGCACACACACUGCAUCGUUUCCAAACUACUGGUCACUCAAACCACUCGUAUACCUAUGAGGACAUAGAGGCAUCUGAUGUUGAAGCUGAUCCUUUAUCACCCACAGCAUAUCAGGAUCCCACAGCAUAUGAGGAUGACAAUGGAGCAACUGAAAUAAAUGAACUCCAUCAUGAGGUGCAAACCAGCAAUGAAAGUGACUUCUCAUUUGUGACACCUGCUCCUACAAAAGAACCAUGAUUUAGCUUCAGUGGUGGCUGCAGUGUCUCUAUAUAUAUUUUUGAAGAUGACUUGUAAUUUGUGAAGCCUGCCCCAGAAAAGGAACCACGAGACAUGGUAUAUGCAGAGAAAGGUUGACUGCAGUAGUUUUGUGCAUAGAAAUUAUUUAGUUGGAGAUGAAAGUUUGAUUUUUGAAAUGGGUUUUGGUAGGUACACUGUAUUUGUAAUAUAAUUAAUUAAUAUAUUUUAUAGCCAGGCUUGUUCAUAAAUGGUCGUUCCAAGAGCAGGAAUGAUCGUUCAUUCGCAAAA